UUGUCUCCUGUACAGACACGAGGAGUGUUGUAAAUUGACUCACCAUGUUCUUCCCUUGACCUAUAUAUACAUAUCAACACAGCUAACCUUCUUCGUCGGAUCUCUCUUCUCAACCCUUCACCAUCUCUUCAGAGUAUUUGCUUUUGCUGUUCUUCAAGAUGAGCGAGAAUGCAGAAGAAAAUCGAGAAAACCGUCCAGCUCCCCGUUUGAAUGAAAGGAUUCUUUCAUCUUUGUCUAGGAGAUCAGUUGCUGCUCACCCUUGGCAUGAUCUUGAAAUUGGACCUGAAGCGCCCGGUAUUUUCAAUUGUGUUGUGGAGAUCACUAAGGGAAGCAAGGUCAAAUACGAACUUGACAAGAAAACCGGAUUAAUUAAGGUCGAUCGGAUUUUGUAUUCAUCAGUUGUUUAUCCUCAUAACUAUGGUUUUAUUCCUCGAACUCUAUGUGAAGACAAUGAUCCACUUGAUGUCUUGGUUCUCAUGCAGGAGCCAGUUCUUCCUGGUUGUUUCCUGCGAGCCAGGGCCAUUGGAUUGAUGCCUAUGAUUGAUCAGGGAGAGAAGGAUGAUAAAAUUAUUGCAGUUUGUGCUGAUGAUCCAGAAUAUAAACACUAUACUGACUUCAAAGAACUUCCACCUCAUCGCCUCUCUGAGAUCCGACGCUUCUUUGAAGACUACAAGAAAAAUGAGAACAAGGAGGUAGCAGUUAAUGAGUUUUUACCUGCAGCCACUGCUGUUGAAGCCAUUCAAUACUCAAUGGAUCUUUAUGCGGAGUAUAUUCUGCAUACUUUGAGGCGAUAGAUCAGAAUACUAUUAUCCAUAUGUCAGAAUAAGUCGUACUCUAGACACUUUUUGGAACUUUAUUGUAUUUUAUAUUGAGUUGGAUAUAAUA